CAUUUGCACUUUAUUUAAAGUCUACUACAUUGCCCUCUAACAAAAAGUUCAUCUGCUUCUCUCUUAGCGUCUUCCCAACAAGGGAGAGGUAUGUCUGCGCUGCGCAAGAGGUGUCGUGAGGUCACUUCACUUUGGCGUUUUGAGCGGGUGAAUAAGUGGGGGGGGGGUCGUCGAAGAAGUAUGUGUCGAUCAAUCAGCAUGGCUUUCAUCGCCUUGCUGGGGAACUCAAGGGCAUUGUCGACGACUAUUGUGUCCGGAACCCAUGUAGCGGGGACGGCGGUAAGGAGUGCUUUGACCUUGUGGGUCAUGUUUUGUCUGUCGGGAAGGAGUGAGUGGAGGCCAUAUCGAGAGUUAGCAUCAAACAUAUUCAGAACGUGACUGGUGCCAUAGCGGCCCAGUGGGAAGGGGCCUUGAAUAUCUGUAUGUAGACGUUCGCCCGGUCCGUAAACUGUGUCAGUCAAAGAACGGGAGACGUCCUUGGCCCGGAUUUUUCCAUCGAGGCAGGUGAUACAGUUCUUGGGGAAUUCCGGGUGGAGUUUAACAUAGUUAAUGACAGUUGUGAGAUCGGGCCCUGGCGUGACGUGUGAGUGUAGAGGGCCGAUGAGAGUCACUAGAGUGAAGACCCAGGAGGGUUUGCCUACAGUGGCAGUACCAUGUCGGGCAAAAGUAGUGGAAGUGUUCUGAACUAUAAACGGUUGGGAUUGGAGGUGAGCGAGAAAAGCUGGCCAUCACUUGGCACACGGCCUGAGUGGGACAACAACUACCAUGCGGCUGCCAGCGCGGGUGUUUGCCGCGAUUAUAGCAUUAAUCAGGGACCAAGGAGCACAGGCGUAGGCGAGUUCCUUCCGCAGAUCCGCAUGAGACCAGUCACGUGCUUCGCCGCUUCGGGGGAAAUGAAGCGUGAAAACUGCGCGUUGGUCUUAGAGGCGCAGAUAUCAAUCGUAGGUUUGACACCGAGAAGAUCCAAGGCCUUGACUAGUAGAAUUUUGCUGAACAUCUAAGCCUCGGUAUUGACGUAGAGAGGGGGAGGAAGAGUGAGUGUAAUACCGUCGCGUUUAGCCAUACGGAUGGUAGUACGCUUACUGCGGUGGCCAGUGCUUCGGUGGUAGGCGUCAUAAGUCAUAGUUGUUGGCCAAGUGCUAUGGGGUUCAGGGUCUGCGGGAUGUCCGUCAGUAGGAGGUGAGGGAGGGGUCACAGGCGGCGUAGUUGUAGGGAUGUGUGGCUGUGUUGUGGCGACCUGCGGUGUAAGUGUGAACAUCUGCUUAAGUAUGUCGUAGUUGACAUAAUAAACACCGUUGAUUCGAGGGAUAGUGAAGUGGUAUGUGUGGUAUGAGAGAAGACACUGAGGCUGUGUUGCUGGAUAUUGAAUGGUAAACCCAGCAUCCUGUAUGUGAUUUUGUGCGAUGAGGGGCUGGACUAGAUCAGGGUCCAGGUAGGUGAGGCCAAACUGUGGGAGUGUGCCUCGGGCGUAAAUGGGUUUGAGGCCAUUAUCAGCGAGCUGGAGUGGGAAGGGUUUAGGGUUUUAGGGUUUAAAACCCUUCCUGUUUCGACGUUAGUGACGAGGUGACGAGCUGAGGUGUGCAUGUAGUUGACGGUAGCCCCUCCCCCCGUCGAUGAGAAGCGACUGGUUGUUAGUAGUGGGUUGGGUAGCUCGGAAUAUAGUAGGUAUAGUAAUUUUGGCAAUAAAGGGUGCUGUGUAAGGGAAAUUGUUUUUAUUCGAACGUUUGCUGCACACGACGUCUACAUACCCAGUGAGGUUACAGACAGAACAUUGUAAGUUAGUUGUGGUACAUUCGCGGCCAGUGUGGGUAGUGAGGCCACAUUCUCCGCAAGCUUUAGUACAGACCGAGAAUGUAUGUGUGGUUUUCUGGCACACAUAGCAUUUCAUCAUACGGCGGUCACGAGGAGCCUUAGUGCUAGUAGUUAACACUGUAAGUAGACGCACAACCUCUUGCAUGGUGGGUUGUGGUGCUGGAGCGACUUGAGCCACACUAGGAGUGAUAAGGGAGGCAUUAGCUGGCGCAGGAAUCAGAGACUUAUGGAGACGUUCUAGGUAGUCUACCAUGUGGUAUAUCGUUACAGUGUCUCGGGAUUUUAGGGACAUAAGGUAGAUAUUCAAGAUCUGGUGUUUGUCGGCGUCAGAUAAGCCGUCAAUAUUGUGCAACACUGGGGGAGAAUGUCGUAUCUUGGAGUUUAACCCUGAGUAGGAUGUCCUCGAUGCGAUGAGAUUAGACACAUGGUGUUUCGGAUGGGAGUCGAGACAAAGUACGUAAGUAGGCGGCGUCGAUGAUGUCGCUGGAGGUUCUAGAUCGGUGUUUGAAGCGACGCUUGAGUAUUUGGAGUAGUGUCCAAGGGUGGACUGCCUUGAUAGUAGGAGCUAGCUUUAGACGUAGUUCAAUUGCGAUAGUUGCCACAAUGAGAUGUUUGGCGGCAUGGUAAUCACCAGAUUCCUUAGUGUUGCUGACGUAAUCUCCUUCGGUGAUGGUGGCCUUUUGAGCGGGGUCCAGGUUGUCCGCGGAGUUUUCAUGACAUCAGAAUAGAAAUCUUUGAGAUUGGUGGCGAGUUCAGGGGUUUCAGUAUGGUAGAGGAUAGUAGUUAAGUCCUUAGAUGAGAUAGAUGUAGCAGCCAUAUCCAGAUCAGAGAGCCAGUGGUCGAGAUUGGAGCCAUCUUUCAAUAAGAUCGACCAAGCGAUCGCAGAGGAUUUGGUUGGUGAGUUGGAAAGCAUGUUGGUAGAUGCUUAAAAUAUUAGUAGUCUCACUAAUUAUUUGCCCAUAACCUAUAGGGACUUAUUCUAAGUACUUUCACAAAGACUGUUUAUUUACAAAAGUGUAAGUUCCUAUUAUACUGAAAUGCUCAGUACGGCCAUGUUCAUAUUGUCACAUGGCGUAUGACAAAAAUCCUAAUAUAGGGUACUCAUGAACAGGUAAAACCAUGUUUAACCUCCUAGUGGAGGGAAUAUGAGUUUAUCCUGAAAGGAUACAUACAAAAUUGUAAAUUCCGCAGCCCACAGGCCCCUACAGGGCCCACAACCCCACACUUUCUCUACCCCAGCGCCCCCACUAUGCAUUGUGAGUACUAACCGUAAACAAAAAAAAAGUAUCUUUUUGACCACUGCGGCCUGAAUUUUUGUUUUCAAUGGGUAGAAUUUAUCACUACACGAAUUUCGUUGGUCAAUUUAAUCAAAAUUAUAACUUUUAAAAAAAAGCAACCAUACUAAGGAUAGCAGCCGGACCACAGCAUAAGAGCCGCGCAUUCCAAGACCCAAGAGAAAAUCUCAGCCUCACGGUCUCUGAGUCUCAGCCUUUCAGGCCACAUCCCAAAGUCAAACCAAUAUGCCACAACGCAGAGCUGUGUGUCCCCCAACAUCCACGCCACAGUCCACACCGAUUCAGUAAGCAAAAUUUAUUUUUCAAGAAAAUCUCGGGUAUUUUUAUCUGCGAAAUUGUGAUGCCUGUCCCACAGAAGAUUAUCCACGCCCGUCGUGAUGCCUGUCACUGUACAGAGGAUCGUCUACUAUUCAGAAAAGUCAACGUUUUUAACAAUUUGCAUCGAAACCAUACUCAACAGCACCAAUUCGUAAACGUCUCCGACAUAUAUACAUUGGUUCAACGCUUAUCGCCUAAUCCAUCUACAGAGUCAACAAUUUCACAAUCCCGGUCUUUAGUCUUCAGCCUUCAUUAGUCUUCAGUUAUCAAUUUUCAGCCUUUCAGACUUCAGCCCUUUAGACUGUAAAAUUGAGGGAGAGUGAGAGACUACAGGUCCCAGGCCAGAUUUUACAGCAA